AGGAUAUUAAAGAAUAUCUAGACAAUUCCAAAAAAGAAGUAAUUUACUUCAGUUUAGGAUCGAAUAUAAAAAGUUCCACCGCACCACACAACUUUUUGGAUAUUAUUAAAGCAGCUAUAUCAGAACUCCCGUACAAUUUUAUAUGGAAAUGGGAAAAUGAUUCUAUGCCCAAUAAACCAAACAAUGUUUUUUUGAAAAAAUGGCUCCCACAACAGGAUAUAUUAAGGCAUCCAAAAAUAAAAGGGUUUAUUACCCAGGGUGGAAUACAGUCAAUGGAAGAAGCUGUAACAAAUGGGGUACCACUGGUGGUUUUCCCAUUUUUUGGUGAUCAAGCUUAUAAUGCUAGAAGAAUGGUUCAUAUGGGAAUCGGUUUAAAAUUAGACUAUAAAUCUUUUACGAAGGAAGAUUUUACAGACGCAGUUAAUGAAAUGGUUAACAACCCAAUUUACAAACGCAAUGCAAAAAAAUUCCAAAGUCUCAUUAAGGACCAACCCAUGACAGGUUUAGAAAAAGCUGUUUGGUGGAUCGAAUUUACUAUACGACAUAAGGGAGAUUUUAAUUUUAAAAGUCAUGCGGUUAAUAUACCAUACUAUCAAUAUUUUCUACUAGAUAUAAUUUUGUUUGUAUUAAUUUUGGUUGUAAUUUUAUCAGUAGUGAUUGCAAAACUCUUUAAAUUAAUUUUAUAUAUUGUUUUUAAAACAUCAAGUAAAAAAGAUAAAUCCAGUUAAAAAC